UGCACACAUCGGUCGUCUCUCUAAACGCAUAUUUUUCCGCCGACGGAGACGAAAUUUUCCGCCGCCGCGUGACUACCUACACAUAUAUAUCAUUAUUGUUAUUAUAUAUAUAUAUAUACACACACAGACACGACCGAAAAGAUCGUUUUGACGACGUUCCAACACAUUAUUUCGUCCGUCGUCGAUAUCCCGUCCGCCGACAAGACUAUACCACCAUAACUGCACCGGGUCCUGCGCGGGAAUAGACGCGAAUUCAUGUGCCGCCACCGUAGCGCCGGCUGGCCCGCGGCCGGAUCGCCGCCACCGGCACGGCCGUUAUCAUGACCGCCGCAGCCGCCGACCGUCCGGUAACCGGCGACGGGACGACCGGACGUCGCGACAACCGGACACCGCGGACUGCGCGUUCGUCGUGCACGUUCCGCAGCCGCCGUUGCUGUCACUGACGUUGCUGCGCGCCCACUAUGAUGAAAUAAGCUGGAAUUAUCAAACGUUAAAUCCAGUAAUCAAUAUUAUACACAACACAAUUUUUUUGACAGCAAGCAGUGAUUACGUCGAAAAGUAAUAACGUUCAUGGAAAUAUUAUUUUGAAGAUUUAGGAUGAGGUCGUGGUUGCUGCUGAUGGCGUGGUGCGCGGCCGCCGCCGUCGGUCAACGGCCCACGCCGAACAAGCGACACGACGUCUACAUUGCCGGCUUCUUCCCGUUCGGCGGUCGCGUUUCCGGCAGCAUACCCGAGGGCCGCGUCGGCCGUGGCGUCAUGCCGGCGGUCAAACUGGCCGUCGAUCACAUCAACGAGAACCCGACGCUGUUACGCAACUACCGGUUGCACGUUUGGUGGAACGACACACAGUGCAAUGCAGCGGUGGGCAUGAAAGCAUUUUUCGAUAUGAUGCACGAAGGACCGCACAAAGUAAUGUUGUUCGGCGCUGCCUGUACCCAAGUGACAGAUCCAAUUGCAAAAGCAUCCAAACAUUGGAGAAUAACUCAGUUGUCAUAUGCUGAUACCCAUCCAAUGUUCAGCAAUUCAGAUGAUUUUCCAAAUUUUUUUCGAGUUGUACCAAGUGAAAAUGCAUUUAACGCUCCUCGACUAGCGUUACUAAGACAUUUCAAUUGGACACGGGUGGGUACUAUCUACCAAAACGAGCCAAGAUACGCGUUGGCACACAAUCAAUUGGUAGCUAUGCUAGAAAAAGACAAUUUUGUUGUGGAUGAUACGCAAAACAUAGCUGGUGAUGUAUCUCUACCGAUCAAAAAACUCCAAGAAAAAGAUAUUCGAAUAAUUCUGGGUAAUUUCAAUGAAACAUGGGCGAGAAAAGUAUUUUGUGAAGCCUACAGGGUCGGUAUGUUUGGUGGCAAAUAUCAAUGGCUUAUAAUGGGUACUUAUGGUCCAACUUGGUGGAAUGAAAUGAGAGCGCCUUGUCCAGUGAAACAUUUGAGUGCGGCGCUGGACGGGUGCAUACUUACAGAUUACCUGCCUCUAUCCACUACGGGGGAAAUCACCGUGUCUGGAAUAACUUCCAAAGAAUACCAGCAAGAGUAUGACAUGAGGCGUGGAAGUGAGUACUCCCGGUUUCACGGGUACACGUACGACGGGGUAUGGACCGCCGCUUUAGCUAUACAGGAAGUAGCCCGUAAAGUGCACCAAUCAUCGCACGACAAAGGCAUCCUGAAUAGAACCAUAGCAGACUUUCAGUACAGGAACGAAGAGUGGGAGAAUCUCUUUCUAGAGGCUCUUAAGAAAACUAGCUUCGAGGGAGUCACGGGUCCGGUGAGAUUUUACAACAACGAAAGAAAAGCCAGCAUAUUAUUGAAACAAUUUCAAGGAGACAAAGAAGUGAAGAUUGGAGAGUAUAACGGAGUGAUGGGCACACUAGACUUAAGUGUUGGGGAAGAAGUGAAGUGGAGAGCCGGUGGCAAAGGGCCGCCUAAAGAUCGGACUCUUACUAUUUACGAAGACUCUCAUGUUAACGUUGGCGUUUACAUAGGACUUGCCGUCGCCGCGGUCGUCGGUAUCGUCAUUGCCACUGUGUUCCUCAUUGUUAACAUACGUUACAGAGAUCAAAAGUACAUAAAAAUGUCCAGUCCACACUUGAACAACUUAAUUAUUAUCGGGGCCAUGUUGACAUACAGUAGUGUCAUAUUUCUCGGUCUCAAUAGUCGGAUGACCAGUAUAAACAUGUUUCCCUAUAUAUGUGCGGCUCGAGCGUGGUUGCUGAUGGCCGGAUUUUCAUUGGCAUUCGGUGCGAUGUUCUCAAAAACCUGGAGGGUGCACUCAAUUUUUACGGACAUCACCAUCAAUAAAAAGAUCGUAAAAGACACGCAGCUUUUCCUCAUGGUUGGCAUAUUGUUAUGCAUCGACUUAGGAAUAAUGUUCACGUGGCAGUUUUCAGAUCCGUUUUACAGGGAAACUAAACAAAUGGAAUCAUAUCCACACCCGCACAGUGACGACAUUUUGAUCAUCCCAUGUAACGAGUACUGUCAGAGCGAUCACAUGACCGUAUUUCUUGCCAUCAUAUACGUCUACAAGGGAUCACUAAUGGUCUUCGGAGCUUUUCUAGCUUGGGAAACCCGACACGUGAGCAUACCCGCGUUAAACGACUCGAAGUACGUGGGCAUGAGCGUGUAUAACGUGGUAUUGAUGUGCGUCGCCGGUGCGGCAAUUUCUUUCGUCCUGAGCGACCAACAGGACGCGUCUUUCAUCAUCAUAUCAGUGUUUAUAUUGUUUUGUUCCACUGCCACGCUUUUCCUGGUGUUCAUACCGAAAAUUGUAGAAUUAAAAAGAAAUCCGCAAGGAGUAGAUAAACGGAUACGAGCUACUUUAAGGCCAAUGUCUAAGACUUACAAAGAUGUCUGUGACACAGAGGAACAAAUACGAGCGCAAAAAAAUAAAAAUCAACAAUAUAGACAGCAAAUAUUGGAUGUGGAUCGAGAGAUCGAUGCGAUGGUAUUAAAGAUCGAUACGUUCCGGGCCCUCAAGUUGUCAGAAAUAAAACAUAAAAAAUUAGUGGAAGAGAAACAGACUAAAGUCGAUGUUAUACAAGAAGAAGAUUCAAAUGGUGUUAUCGAAGUACUUGUGCCCGAACAGUAUUCUCCAGAAAAAAAAACGUGUCAAAGACAUACCAGGAUCCCAUCAAUUUCUAUCGAACCCGCCAAACCACCAGACGAACCUGUGAACUUCACACCAUCUCCUACACGAUCGUGUGGCACAGGCCAUCAGAGGCGGUCCAGCGGUAGCGUAACGACACCACAACACCAGUCGGCCGCCGCCGCUGCGUCCCACACGGCGGCGGCCAAUUGUGCGCACAGGCGGCCGUCGAUGCCGCAGACCAAGAGGACGUGCCAACAACCCACGUUCGUGCACCAGGACGAGCUGUGGCUGACGCAAACGCAACGACACGCGAACCGGUCACCGCCGCCCGUCACCAGAGGCUUGCUCAACAAUAAUGCGGAUUCGCCGACCGACGACGAGGAUGACAGUUCGUCGUCGCUGAACACGGGCAGUUCCAUGCACCGCUCGGUGUCCGAGAAGAGCGGAUCCUGCGGCGGCGGGGGCGGGUCGUCGUCGUCGUCCCGGAACCGCGGCCCGGGGCUCAGGCGGCCGUCGGCGCCGCACAUGCACAGCACGCCCAACGUGUACCACGGCCGGAGGCGCGAGUCCGGUGGCUCGGCGGGCGGCGGGUCGCCGACGAACGCGGCCGGUCUGCCGCCGACGCUCGGCGGUGCCGGAAUGUCCCGGGUGAACACGCUGUCCGAGGGCGAGCUGCUCGACGUGGCCAUCCUGCCGAUAUUCCAAAAGCUUUUGACCGAGAGACGAGCGCACGACUCGCUGUCGUCGUCGUCUUCGCAGCAGCACCACCACCACCAUCACCACCACCGCCACCCGCACAACGCUCACCCGCAGCAGCAUCCACCGCACCACCACAACAGGGCGUCGAUCGCGUCGUGUCCCAACAUCGCGGUCAAGUGCGACAUCGUCGAGUACCUCUAAUCGUUGCGGCGCGCCCGCGUUGUCUCUGCCGGUGCCGUCGCCGCCAAAACGGAUUUGAAACGCUACGACGAUGUGGAAGACAAAUCAUACAUUACGGGACCAAGAAACGACGACGUUCCAACGCCACGCACGCUCGAGGCAGUUUAUAUCGUAUUAUAAUUAUUAUUAUUGUUAUAUUUUUUUUUCUAUUCUAUUUGUUUUGUGUUUUGUGUAAAUUACAUUUUUUAGAGAGAAAAAACAAAGUAAACGAGUACUAUCGAUGUAGAUACGAGAAAAAAUGUUAUGUAGUUCCUUAGUUUCGUUAUUUACAUUAUGAUAUUGUUUUUGUCAAUUAAAUAAAUUAAAUUGUUUCUCGUGUUACUUAGUCAUAAUGUACAUUAUCAAUAUAUAUAUAUAUAAACCUAUAUAUAAUAUUUUAUAUAAAAGUUA